AUGAUUCCCCUGCUUCUGGGGGCAGUCGUCAUUGCGCAUAUCAUUCUCAGGUCCAUCGUUCAAUACUGGAGAUUGAGACAUAUCCCGGGUCCUUUUGCGGCUAAAUUCACCAACUUUUGGUUAGUUAGGAAGACCUGGAAUAAGGAAUACUUUGAUUCCAUCGCUCUAGCGCUGGAGAGGCAGUAUGGCUCGGUUGUGAGGUACGGUCCAAACAGAGUCUUGUUCAGUGAUGUGUCGGCUGUGGGUGUCGUCUUCAGUACCAGGAAUGCAUUGCCCAAGGCAGAAUCGUACGAGAUAGCCUUCCAAGCAGUUAAUGGGAAGCUGAUAAGCUCCUUUGCUACUGAGCGAGACGAAGCCCGCAUCUCCACGAUCAAGAGGCAGAUUAUUGGCGCCUUCUCGACCACGGCCAUCCUUGAUUACGAGUCCCACAUCGACAGCAAUAUCAACAAUCUGAUGUACCGGCUCAUCAAUGGGGAUUCGGAACUGAACAUUGCCAGAUUGGUCAUCUUCUUCGCUUUUGACACCAUCUGUAACAUCGCCUUCAGCGACGAUCAGGGUUUCUUGGAAAAGCAGUCAGACCUUGGAAACACAUUGGAAGCUGCCCGUCUGCGCUUCGGACAUUGGCACGACUGGCAAGCCCUGCCCAAACUCGAAAGGCUCAUUUACAAGAACCGCCUCGCUACCAGGGGCUCGAGCGGGACAUCCGUCCUUGCUAAACUUGCAACAGAGCGCCUUCAGACUCGGCUUGAAAAGGGUGGGUUGGGCACCCAUUCCGAUCUUCUCGACCGGUAUCUGCAGGCAAGUGAGCGUGAUCCCGCCACAUUUGACAGAUCAACCAUUAUCGGCCUCAUCAUCUCGACGAUUCAUGCGGGUGCCGAAACUACGGCGGCGUCCCUCAACGUCACCUUAUACUACCUUCUCGCCAAUCCACGCGCCCUGGCCAAGUUGAAGGCUGAGCUCGAAGAUGCAAAGCUCGCCUCUCCGCCUUCGUGGCAAUCGGUCUCGAAGCUCCGCUAUCUGGAAGCCUGCUUUAAGGAAGCCGGCCGCUUACAACCGCUUCUGCUUGACCCGAUGGAGCGCGAGGUCCCCAUUGACGGGGCUGGCAUGCAGAUCUCCGGCGUCUACAUUCCGCCUGGUACCGUCGUUGCAAUCAAUACGCACGCCUUGAAUCGCGACCCGUCCAUCUGGGGCGACAGAGUCGACGAGUUCAGACCGGAGAGAUGGAUCGAGGCCGACGAGGGACAACUCUCCCGAAUGGAGCGUGCCAAUCUGUACUUCUCCGGAGGGAGGAGGGCUUGCGUCGGACAACACAUUGCGUGGGUUGAGAUGAAGAAAUUUCUUCCCGAGCUGUUGAAUCGUUUCGAUAUCGAAUUGCUAAACCCCAAGCAAGACCUCGAGACGGUCCGCACCAUGAGCAUCUUCGUCGACGAGCUCAAGGUCAAGCUGACCCCGCGAUGA